AUGGGCAACUGUGCAUCAACCACGCAUCGGUUCUUUCGGCUUACUCGACAUAGGCUCGUCAGAAAAGACUCGCCUAUGAGGGUAGACGAAGCUGUGGAAGCAGGAGAAGAGACUAGAAAUAACACAGGCCAUGAAGGGGUUGGGGGAAGCGACUAUGAAGUAGACAUCAUCACUGACAUCGACGCCGACAGCGAAUGCUCGUCUACCUUGGGAGAAUUUCCAUCGCUCGAAAACCUGUGUGAGGGGGAUGAAGAGUUGGAGCAGAUCAAGAAUAGCAUAGAACCGGAGAAUACGAGUGAGAAGGCAGUGCAGAAGAAAGUAGAAGAUGAGAUAGAGAUUGAGAGAAGAGAAUAUGAAUAUGAACACGAAUAUGAAGAUAGCGAGUGCUCAUCUAGUUUAAGGGAAUUUCUCAUGCUUGAAAGACUCUGUGAAGAGUAUGAAGAGGCGAAGCAGAGGACGAGAGAGAGAAGAGACCAAGAGAAGUUAGAAGGCAAUUUAAGAGGUUUCGAGGUGACCAGUUGA